AUGAAAAUAGACGCACAGCCCCACUCUUCCACAGAAAAUAAGAAAAAGCAAAAAGAGCAGCCAAAGGCUUUGCCAAAAGAGAAGAGAAAAAAGAACAAAAAACAGAAAACAGAAAAGGAAAGCCCAAUUCAAGAGAAAAAGAUGCAAAUCAAGCCGCAAGACUUGAUGAACAGCACAAGCGUGCCCAGAGGGGACGUGUCUACGCGACUUGCCGUGCUAAACAUAGACUGGGAGUCCAUAGGCGCGAACGAGAUCUAUAGAGUGAUCAAAGUCUUUUUAUCAGCAGAGAACAUAAAAAAAGUAACGAUCUACAAGACAAAGCUGGGAAAAAGAGAGCUGGAAAAAGAAGAGAAAGAAGGCCCUGCUGUCCUAAAACUAGAUGAGGACUUGGGAACAACCGACUCAGACAUCAGAGAGUAUCUGAAAAAGAAAAUGAAAUACUUCUACGCAGUCAUAGAAGUAGACACGGAAGAGAAGGCAAAGGAGCUGUACGCAGCAAUAGACGGCCUGGAGAUAGAAGACACACACAACUACAUUGACGCCCGAUUUAUUCCAGCCGACGCUCCAAUAAACGACGAAGUCGUUGAGGAAACCACAGAAAUGUCAAAAAACAUAAGAAAAAUUCCCAUCAAUCCGCUAUACAGCACAAAGCCGCAGCUCAAAUGGGAUGAAGACCCCGUAAGAGACAGAUACCUGAGAGAUCUAUUCGAUAAAGAUUUUGACAUGGACGUAGCAAAUGACCUUAUAGACGCAUCAGAUGACGAAGAAAAACAGGCAUACUACAAGAAGAUAAUGAUGCCAGAGACAGAAGAGACAGAGCCAGAGAAUAAGCCAGCAAAGAAGAACACAAAGGAGAAGAAAGAGGCGAAAACAGCAGAUAAAGCAGUUGACGAUGAGGACAUUCGCAUGGAAGUAAGCAAUGACUCGCAGGAAGAGGAGAGCAGCGAAGUUGUGAUACUUGGAGAAGACGACAGAUUCGCAAAAGGGAAUAACAAUCCAGACUUCACAGUGGACGUAACACACCCGGCAUAUGUAGCCAAGCAGAAAAACAAGAACAAAAAAUAA